AUGGAGGGAUGCUCUUAUUACUUGGCAAUGGUACUGGUUCAGCUCAUAUAUGGUGGAUCAAACAUCCUCAUAAAAUUCUCCCUUGCAGAAGGACUCAAUCCAAUUGUCUUCGUCGUUUACCGCGGCAUGGCCAUGGUUUUGGUAGGACCAUUUGCUUAUGUACUUGAAAGGUUGGAGAAGUUGAAGAUUAGAACUGCUAGAGGUCAAGCUAAGGUGGCUGGCACACUUUUCGGCAUUGGUGGUUCUCUUGUUUUCACUUUCUGGAAAGGAGGAUACCUAUUUAAAGGGGGCCCUUCUUAUUCUGACGAGUCACAUUGCGUGGAGUGCAUGGCUAAUCCUCCAGGCUGUGGUCUCCAAAGUCUACACUGCUCGAUUAUUGCUAACCAUGAUGAUAUGCUUUUUCGUGUUGUUGCAAUCUUCUUUCUUGAUCUGUUUUUCGCAAGAAAUCCAAUUUCAUGGAGACUGGAGUGGAACCUGCAACUUUCAACCAUCGCCUACUGCGGAGUUGUAAUCUCAGCAUUAGCCUACUACCUGCAAACAUGGUGCAUCAGUUACAAGGGACCAGUCUUUGCAGCUAUGUUUAGUCCACUUCAUGUCAUUAUAGUGGCAUUGUUCUCGGCAAUUUCUUUCGCAGAGCGACUUCACUUUGGCAGAAGGAAAGACAAUGUUGUUGCUGAUGAACAGACAGGGAAUGGAAAAGGGGUACUUGAAGACAUUAAAGUGCUGGAGAAUGAUAUUUCAGUCAUAAAUCCAGUCACUAGAGAAAGGACAUGA